AUGGUCAACCCUGCUGCUGCAGCAGUGUUGAGAAAUCGAGCACUGAGUUUGGAGAAGAUUAUCCAGAGGGAUUUCUUUCCUGAUGUUGAGAGGUUACGUGCUCAGAAGGAGUACUUGGAAGCUGAAGAAAGUGGUGACUUAGAGAAAAUGAGACAAAUAGCAAUCAAAUUUGGCUCUUCAUUGGGGAAAUCAUCCAAGGAGACACCUGCCCCAUAUGUUACUCCAGCCACAUUUGAAACACCUGAAGUACACCCAGGCGCCUCUUCCUUGUUGAAUAAGUCCAAGAUUGGGAUCAAAACUGCAGAAGAAGGAGAAGUGGAGAAAGAACAGAAUAAGGAUGCUCUUCCCAGCCUUGACAGUUUCUUAACCAAACACACCAGCGAAGAUAAUGCUUCAUUUGAGCAGAUCAUGGAAGUGGCCAAAGAGAAGGAGAAGGCCAGACACUCUUGGCUGUACGAAGCAGAAGAGGAGUUCGCUCAGCGACGACUUGAGUAUCUGGCGCUUCCCUCAGCAGAGCACCAGGCCCUGGAGAGUGGGAAAGCUGGAGUGGAGACUUGGGAGUACAAGGCUCAGAAUUCCCUGAUGUAUUACCCACCAGGUGUGCCUGAUGAGGAUGAUGUGUUUAAGAAGCCUCGAGAAGUUGUGCAUAGGAACACCCGCUUUCUGAAAGAUCCAUUCAGUCAAGCACUGAGUAAAUCCCAGCUGCAGCAGGCAGCAGCCCUCAAUGCCCAGUACAAACAGGGCAAAGUAGGGCCAGAUGGGAAAGAGCUGAUCCCCCAGGAGUCUCCAAAAGUGAAUGGCUAUGGAUUUGUGGCCACCCCCUCUCCUGCCCCUGGUGUGACCGAUUCUCCUCUUAUGACAUGGGGCGAGAUUGAGAGCACCCCCCUGCGAAUAGAUGGGUCAGAAACUCCGUAUGUGGACAGGACACCUGGACCAGCUUUCAAGAUCCUGGAGCCUGGGCGCAGAGAGCGGUUAGGACUCAAGAUGGCCAAUGAGGCAGCUGCUAAAAACCGAGCAAAGAAACAGGAAGCAUUAAGAAGAGUCACGGAAAACUUGGCUAGCCUCACUCCAAAAGGACUGAGUCCAGCUAUGUCACCAGCCUUACAACGACUAGUAAACAGGACUGCGAGCAAAUAUACUGAUAAAGCACUGCGAGCCAGUUAUACCCCUUCUCCAGCACACCCCGGAACUCCUGGGUAUAAGACCCCAGUAGGUGGGUCACAGACACCCACUAGCACCCCACCUCCUAGGACUGUUUCUCAGACUCCAGUAACCCAAGAUCCCACUUCAAUCACAGACAACCUGCUGCAGCUCCCUAAAAGACGAAAGGCAUCUGAUUUCUUCUAAAUACCCCCUUUACCAGCAGGGGCUGCAACAUUAGCUCUGCAGGGCUGUGUGUAAGCUGAGGGCAGUAUACGCUUCCAGGAGAAAGGACAUUUGCUUAAAGCUGCUAGAACAUGGUCUAGCAGUUGCUGGAUUUGGGACCAUUUCUGCCCUUGAAUAGUGCAUAGUUCCCACAUUUGACAUGCCAUUACUAGAACAAGAGUGGAGCAGCUUACAACUUGUAUUUUGGAAGCAGAAUAUUUACUAUUGUGGUAUAAUUUCUCUUAGUACCAUGGAGGUGUGUGGCACAGAAUCACUAGGGGACAAGGAUGUUUCCAGAAAUAACUUAAACUGCUUGGACUUUUGGAAAAUAGGACGAAAUGUUUGGGAUAUUUUUUGUAAUUUUCCUUGGUUUUUUAAAAAGUGUGAUCCUG